AUGAGUUUAUCGGUUGAUUUUGCAGUUAAUAUUUAGCAAUAAAUUGAGUUGUAAAAUCUAAUCUAAAUUUUAUUAUAAAAAGAAUAUCCGAGAAAUUGCAAAUACAUUUUAUUAGAUGGAAAUUAUGAUUAAAAUCUAGAAACAAGCCAUCCUUUUCCAAUUAAUUAAAUAUAUAACAAAUAUUUUUUAAUAACAUUAUAAUAGGAAAUAUCUUUAAAUGGCUUACAGAGUAGCCUAUUAAAAGAAACAUCUAUUCAAUAUUUCGAAAAUAAGAAAAAAUAAAUAAGCUAAAAUUAAGCUUCCUUAAUCUAAAUAAAUAAGAAUAACAGCUUAAUACUUAAAAACAUAUUAUCAAACAAAAAUUACAAAAAAUAAUUUUAAAUAUUUUUGAUAUCCUUUCAAGAAAAUAAAAAAUAAGAUGUUAAUUUAAGUUAUACUUGUAAAUUGUUUUAAAAUAUACAUCUUUUUUAAGGCAAAAAAAAUGUAAAAGUAAGAAAUAAUACUUAUUUAAAAUUUAAUUAAGAAUCUAAAAGAAAAUUCAAUACAGACUUUGAAUAAUAAUUGAUAUUUGGAUAUGUUAAUUCAAAGUUGUCUGGCAAAUUUAUCAAGAAUUUAGAUUUUAAUUUCUCUUUUUUUAAUUUUAAAAUGGAAAAAAUGACAGUAGAAUCUUUAAAGUCUAAAAUUCAAAAAUACUAAUUUCUUUCUUUGAAGAUAUUGUUUAGAGAUAGUCUAUUUGAUUACAAAACUCUUAUUAAUUUUUUAAAGUGCUUUAAAUUAUUUACAUUUGGAAAAAUCUAUUUAGAUUUUCAAAAUAUUGAAUUUAAAUCUAUAAAAGGAAUUCAAGCUAUUUUGGACUUCUUAUAUUCAAAUAAAAUUUUAUUUUAAAUUAGUAUUUAAAAAUCUAAAUUGAUGAAUUAAAAAGAUAAUUUAUUAGUAAUUCAAUAUGGUAAUAAUUAUUAUAUCCCUUUGAAAUUCUUAAAAGAAGAUGGUUGCUUGCUCAACUUAAUUAUAGAUCAAUCAUCAAAUAAUAGUUUAAUAAUAAAAUUACUUAAUGGAUUACACCCUGAGUUAUGGAAUUUUAUUUAAAUGAAAUUGGAAAAUCAAGAAGAUAUUGAUUUUUUUUUAAAAUAGUCAAAAAAGAACCAGGUUGUACUUAAUGCUUUUUUUUUAUUUAUUAUUUUUAUAUCAGAAUUUAUUAACUAGCGAUUGCUUAUCAACAAUAUCAGAAGAUUAUAUAACUAAUUAUAAUAGUGGAUAAUUAUCAAUUUUGUAUUUUUAAAUUUUGAAAUAUUUACAAAUUUUAUUGAUGAUUUUAAAUAAAUUUAACUUAAUCUUCAAUAUUGUUAGAUUAUAUUAAGUUUAUUAUCUUUUUUGCUUGUUAAUUACAAUAAAUAACGCUGUAAAUUUAUAGUUAUUGUAGAAGCUUAAAAAAAUAGAAAAUAAGCCGAAAAGUAUAGAAAGACAUCUAAAAGACUUUUAAUAAUACCAUUAUUAAUCAAUAUAAUAGUAAUAAUUUUUAAUUUAUAUCUAAUCAUUACAGACAGACUUUAGGUGGAUUAACAAUCUAUCAUAGUUUCGUUUUAUUUUAUAGGAUAAUUAGUUAUUUUUGAAACUAUUAAUAUUUAUAAAAACUUUAAUGAGCUAACUAAUAAUUAUGGUGGUUGA